AGAAGCUGAUACUUUAGUUGGAGCUGUGAGCAUUGCCUUGGGAAAGGGGUUAGUUCCUUGAGAGGUGGGAAGGGCAGGCAGGACAGGGCUUCGCAGAGAAGAUAGCUCAAAAGAAGGGGGGAAAGGAGGAAAAGACCACCAAAGAAAGUCACAACUAUAGAGGACUUCCCACCAUUUAAUUUGCUGCCUCCUGUCCGGGCCAGCACUGACCCUGUCACAGCCUGCCAAUAUAUCUGGGCCCUUUCACCAGUGUGUGCCAUACCAUCACCAUUAUGACUGAGAUUACAGCAGAAGGACCUGUAUCCACCAUGACAGUGAUAGACAACAAGAAUGGAGCUGUCCCCAUACCACACAUGAAAUUAUCCAAGAAAUCAGUAUCAGAAGACUUUGCAACAACAUUCAGCUCACCAGCUGCCUGGCUCCUGGUUGUGGCACUUAUUGUUACCUGGUCAGCUGUGGCUAUUGUCAUGUUUGACUUGGUGGAUUACAAAACCCUAGCAGGAGUACAUCAACUUGAUAUUGACAAAGAUGUGGGGACAGGAGAGAUCCCUAGAGGUCAAUCUGUAAACAAGCUCACAACUGAUCCACUAAGACUCGUGUAUGGUGCUGUGGAAGACACCACCAGUUCGAUUUAUGGCUUCCUUUCAUUAAUGUCAGACCUCAUAUUUGAAGAUGAUGAAGAGAGUGAAAAAGGUGAAGAAGAGACUCCUUUAAAAGUAAAAGAAGAAGUCCAACCACCAGUCAAGAAGAAAGAGAUUCAGAAAGACAAGGCAGAAAAAGAAGAGAAAACUGAAAAAAAGCCACCAACAAAGGAAAUUCAGAUAGAAAAGCCUGAAAAAGAAGAGAAAAUUGAAAAGAAGCUAUUACCUAAGUCAAUUCACAAAGAGAAACCUGAAAAAAUAGAGAAACCUGAGAAACUGAAGAAAUCUGAAAAACCCGAGAAAGUAAAAAAACCUGAAAAACCUGAAAAAGUCAAGAAACUUGAAAAACCUAAGAAACAGGAAAAAAAAGAAAAAAGGGAAGUCGCUAAAUUGGUACACAAAGAAAAGCCUGAACGACAUGAAAAAUCUGAAAAGAAAGAAAAGGCUGAAAAGAAAAGCAUGCCUGAACAGAAAGAAAAAUUAGAAAAGAAAGAAAAAGUGCCUCCCAAAGAGAAACUUAUAAAGGAAGGAAAGUCUCAAAAGAAAGUGCCUCCUUCUCCAAAAGCAGAAGAGAAGGUGAAAGGGAAGGUGAAAACUGAACAGCAAGAAAAGAUUGAAAAAAAGGUUGCUCCAAAAGUUAAGAAGAGCGUCAGAGUUGAAGAAAAGACUAAAAAGGAUGUGAAAGAAAGAAAACCAGAAACCAAGGCACCUGAAAGUGUGACGCCUAAGGAAACCAAAACAAAGGAAGCUGCACCACAGAAAGCUAAAGCAAAAGCAAAAGAAGAAGUGUCUUUGCAGCUUGCAGAAAAGUCGGAUACGAAAGGAGCAACCGGAAUUGCUUCUGGAGUGAGAGAAUUGGCCGUCUGCAAGGACGUUGCCCAGGGGACGCCUGGAUGUUUUGAUGUUUUACCAUCCUUGUGGGAGGCUUCUCUCAUGUCCCCACAUGGAGCUGGAGCUGAUAGAGGGAGCUCAUCUACACUCUCCCCGGGUGGGAUUCGAACCUGGCAGCUUUCAGAUCAAUAUGCAUUCUGUCGCUAUAUGAUUGACAUGUUUGCUCACGGGGAUUUGUAUACAGGACCAACUCCUCAACUAUUUUUACCACAGACCCCAGCAAUUUCACCUGAAGUCCCAGCUUCUGCAGUGGGAACACUUAAUGUGACAGCUCCAAAGUUGAUAAAAGAAGAAAAAGGAAGGAAGAUAGUUCAAGAAAAGAAAGCUUUUCAUGAAGUUAAAACAAAAGACACUGAAGACAGGAGAAAAAUAACCCAUACGAAGAAAGUUAUUCCUGAAAUUAAAGUGAAACAGUUGGAGGAAGAAAAGAAGGGAGCACAUGAGAAGAAAGAUGUUUCUGAAAUUAAAGUGAAAGGGAAAAAAGAGGAAAGAAAGAAAGCUCCGGAGAAGACAGCUGUCCCUGAAGUUAAAAAAGCAGACAAAAAAGAAGCAGCUUUGACCAAAGACCUGAAAGAGCCAGCAAAAGCUCCUGCAGCCCAGCCAGCCUCUGCAAAAAUAGCUACACCAGCACUGCACAAAAAAGAAAAGCCGGUAGAAAGUGCAGAGCUACCAAAAAAGGAUGUGCAUGUAAAAGCACCCGGCAUUCACUGGAGUUCAUGGAAGCCCCACUGCCAGUGUCCUGUGACACAUGAAACUCAUAAACCAAAAGCAGCCAUAGAGGUCCAUAAGCCAAAAGCUGCCAUAGAAGUUCCCAAGCCAAAAGCUGCCAUAGAGGUCCAUAAGCCGAAAGCUGCCAUAGAAAUUCCCAAGCCAAAAGUCACCAUAGAAGCUCCUAAGCCAAAAGCUUACACAGAUGUUUCUAAGCCAAAAGGCGCUAUUGAAGCUCAUAAGCCAAAAGUCACUGUAGAAGUUCACAAGCCAAAAGUGGCCAUAGAGGUUGCUAAGCCAAAAGCUGCCAUCCAAGUUCAUAUGCCAAAAGUCACCACAGAACUUCAUAAGCCAAAAGCAGUACAUGAAAAGAAAGAAGGCAGACCAUUGAAGGCGGUGGAACCAGAGAAAACAAAACCAAAAGAAACAAAACAUGUCAAAGAAAAAGAAGCAAAGCAUGAUGUGGCAGUGAAGGACAAAGCCAUGAUAGAAGUUCAUAAGCCAAAAGCCACCACAGAAGUUCAUAAGCCAAAAGAUGCCCCAAAAGAAAAAGUGAAGCCUCCAACUCCUGCCAAAGGAAAGGAUAUUCCAAAAGAAAAAGUGAAGCCUCCAGCUCCUGCCAAAGUAAAGGAUGUACCAAAAGAAAAAGUGAAGCCUCCAGCUCCUACCAAAGAAAAGGAUGUGCCAAAAGAAAAAUUGAAGCCUCCGGCUCCUACCAAAGGAAAGGAUGCACCAAAAGAAAAAGUGAAGCCUCCAGUUCCUGCCAAAGAAAAGGAUAUGCCAAAAGAAAAAGCAAAGCCCCCAGCUCCCACCAAAGAAAAGGCUGCACCAAAAGAAAAAGUUAAGCCUUCAGCUCCUAUCAAAGAAAAGGAUGCUCCAAAAGAAAAAGUGAAGCCUCCAGCUCCUGCCAAAGCAAAGGAUACCCCAAAAGAAAAAGUGAAGCCUCCAGCUCCUGCCAAAGAAAAAGAGGCCACAAAACCAAAGGAAGAACAUCCUCCCAUUCCCCAGAAGCAGAAAGGACAGGAGGCUGUUAAGCACGACAAAGAAGUUCUUCACAAAAAAACAGCCAAGCCCAAAGAAACUGCAAAGCCAUCUGCUGAAAAAACAGUAACAGACAAGAAGAAAGCAGAAAAAGCACAGAAGGAGAAAGAUGAAAAAACAGUGGGAAAAGCUCUUGUCAUAAAGGAGAAGUCUAAAGUCCCAGUAAUCAAAGAACCGCAUUCCCAUCACAAUAUCACAGCAGACAAAAUGUCACAAGCUGCAAAAACAAGGGGGCAGACAGAAAUAAGCACAGCUAAGAAAUCUGCCGUGCGCUACUAUCAGUGUGUCUUUGUAAAUGGAUACAAUGGGUACACUUCACAAUAUGCUGUUACGCCAGUUCAAGACUACAAAGGGAAGACUGGACAGUCAAAAGCUUCUAGGCACAAGAUUAAGGCACCGAAGCAAUAGAGUCGUGCAACCUGUGACAUUGUGACAAUUUUGCACUUUAUGCCCUCUAUGAGGGGCAUGUGAAAACCAUUGGCAUCUAUGAUCACAGAAAUGUGAUGUGAUCCAUUUGAUUACAUGCUCUCGGAAAGGGUCUCUGCUCUUCUUCAGAACCAGCAGAGUCAACGAGAGAGGAACAUGUGAGACAACAUUUGAAAGAGUACCUAAGUGCCCCUUUCCUGAAGGAAAGCAUGGUGUUGAAGUUGUACUUGACAACUUAUACUUGUGUAUUUGUGUGUUUUGUACAUCUGUGUUUUUCUUAGGCUGUUUCUGGUUUAUGUUUGUUGUUGUUGUAUUUUUCACAUCUUGUUUACCAUACAAUUAUCUUAAAAUCAAGUGUCCCACUCAAAAAUACUUAAGGGCAGGAAUCAUAAUUGAAGACUGUUUUUACAGUUAUAACAUGCUAUGCUCCUUUUGGGAUAGUUGCCCUUAGAGAACCCAUUAUACAACUGGAAGGUGAUUUGCUUGGAAAUAAGCCAUAAAAAACUUGCAGGUAACAUUUCUGCAAAGAUGAGCAGUAUUUUCCAGUUUUUAAAAGCAGAAGGGAGAGCAGAUUCUGAAACUGUCCGGAUUCGGCAAAAAUGAACUAAAUGAAGGAGGAGUUUUGAGUGUUUCAAGCAUGAUUUAGUGGGUUAAGUUCAUUCAUAUGCACUUUUACUAAACUAUUCCAAAUCAUAUAAAGUACUACCACAAAAUAUAUAUAAGAAAGAACAUCCAGUUAACUAUCUGGUGCUGGAGAAGCUAAAUCUGAAACAAUGAUACUAUUCAUAAAAAUGUUAAACAUUCAGAAUUUCAGUACUGCCUUAGUACCACAAUUAGGUUAACUUUGAUAUCUAAACUUGAACAAUUUUCAAAGAUUUCCUUUUCUUGGGUAGUGUAUGGAGCUACAUUCCCUUGGAACACAAUACUUAACUAUUUUUAGUGUGGAUACUUGAAAUAAGCACAUCAAUCCUAAGCCCCUUUUGUUUAUUAUUUGACACAGUGAGGUGAUUCUUUGAAGUCAUGUUGAUCUACAUGAAAUAUCUGGACAUCAUUAUUCCAUCUGUUGAAGUACAUCUUGCUUUAUAAAUAAUAAUGUAUCCUUGCAAACAAGUUCUGCAUUAUAUUAAUUCAGUUCAUCUGUUUUAUUUUGUACUUGUAGUUAAAUGUCAUAGAAACCUCAUGAAUGUUUGUAGAACACUUUUUUAAAACAAAUCAGCUUACACAUGCAAAUUUUUGUUGUGUAUAGAUUUUAUCUCCAGAGAUGGAUGACCUUACUAAGAGCUGGUGUUAAUUCUAAUGAGAUGGCACAGCACUUCAGGUAACUGUGCCCCAAAAGAGUCUACCAGUUCUCAGUUGUGUUUGGACUCCUUCAUUUCUUAACUUCUAGACUAGACUAGAAGUGACUAGAAUUGCUACUACCUACUUAUGGCUGCCUAUGGAAGGGAUGAAGUCCACUAUGUGUUGGACACAAUCACAUAGGCAUUUUUUUAAUGACAGAAGCUUACCAGUAUGGUAAAAAAAUCUUGAAAUAACUACAUGGUAUUACUUUAGUGAAAAGGAAAACCAUUUGGAAACAGAGAUAUGCAGUACUGCUUCCAUUACUAGGAAUUUUUCCAGCGAUAAGGAAAAUGAGUUAAGGUAUAUUGAUAGUGGAACUUUCACUAAAAGUGCCAUUAACUGACAUUGUACAAUUUCAUUGCAUUUAUACAAAAAUGUAGAGGAAGCUCUUUAUGUGAUACAAAGGUAAAUGACCUUUUUGUGUCACACUAUGCUUGAUUAAUGAAUGUAGACUAUAAAAAUAAAUAAAUGAUGAUGCUUCCUAAGAAACAUGAAGACUUUAAACUCUGCCUGAUCAUGCGGUGAGAUUGCCAGAUCAGCAUCAGGUCAGGAAUGGACUAUAAUCAACAAAAGACAAAAGUAUUUCUGAACAGAGUUAGGGGACAUGGUUUCUUGUAGAUGAAUGCCAUCUAUCUCCUGUCCUACCCUACAGAGAAACCUUGAGGUUCAGUCACUUAUAAAUAUAUACAUAUAAUUUGUGCUUUGCUUGUGGUGCUUAAUACUGGCUUUCCAAACACGUUCCAGUUUAAAUCACAGAUGUGUUUAAAUAAAGCACUUAUCACAAGGUUUCUUUAUAAUGUUAUUUAAAUGUUGUCAAGCUUUAUUUAAACCUUCAAAACGUUUUCAUUGGAACUUGAAGCUUUCGCCAUCCCAGUUCUCCUAACUGGAGAAAAACAUCAUAGUAUAUCUGAGAAUAGACUUUGUCUCAUGUUGUCCUGCUACAGGAGUGGCUCAGUUGAAUUGAAUAACUGUCUUUAAUCAUAAUGAUAAAAUAAUAUAAAUCAAACAUUGGCCAUUGAUUUCAGAAAUAUUAAUUGCUUUGCUUUGCCGGCACAUUGCAUGCUGCUUUCUCUAAUGAAUCCAAUUAAGCUGAAACCUUGAUGUGCUAUUACUUGAAUUAUUUGCCUUUAUCCAGAUAAACCUAACUCUCAAGUAUAUUCAUUGCUUAAUGGUUUUGCAAAAUAAAUUAGGCAGAGUGUCCCAUAGUGAUUGUGGUACAUUUUUAUCAGUGAGAGGAUGGAAAAGGAACUACAUAUGAGUUAUUUGUUUACAUAUAGUUCUAAACCUUCUGUCCUUGUAUUUGAAUUAUCAACAAUAAUGAAACAUUAAUUAAUGUCUUUCUACAUUGAUUGUGCUCAUUGUUCCACAUCCACUCAAUUUCUUAAGCCACAUUUAAUUUUCCAUGUUCUAACCAUAGGUAAAUUGAGGUGAACCUCUUGUCUACUUACCAGACCACAGAUAUUUGAGGUUAACAGGUUAACAUCACAAAAAUAGAGGACCCAGUGCAAGCUAGAGCUUGGAAAAUAUUUGCAGGACUAAAGAUGCCAGAAUCAGCUAUACAGUCUUGAUGACUAGGGGAUUCAAGGAGCUGUAGUAUAAUAAAUAUAUAAUGUUUUAAAAAGUAACUUUCCUAGCUUGCAUAAUUAAUUUUUCUGGCUGGAGUUUUAUCAGCACAAUUACAUUUGAUAUACUACACGGGUCAAUCCCAUAAAGGUUGAGAAUGGAUGAUUCAUGGUACAAUAGCAGCUGUUUCCAGUUAUAUCCUGCCAAUUAGGUCAAGAAGUAUGAGGGAAGAGGACUUUAGCAUGCCACCCCCCCCCCCAAAAAAAAAAAAAUACUAUCAGUUUCAUUUGGGUUUUUUUGUGUUUCUUCACUAUUGGCUUCAAUGUAGGAAAACUAACUCUACAUCCAGGGUGGUAUAAUCAUCCACACGGAGGAGAAUCCAGAAACAUGAGGUUUUGGAUAUGAUGGAUUCCAAGCCACACUAACAUGUACCAGAAAUGCCUCUGGAAGAUCUCCUUUUCAUCCUAGCAAGAAUGCCAUGAUGGUGGAAAGUUUAUGACUACCAUAGAGAAUCUGCAAAUGCAGUUCUUCCUUUUCACAAAGAAACCUUCCUCUACCCACAAGAAAAAAGAUCUAGAAAUAACUUUUGGACCUUGAGCUACCCUACAAGAAUCCAUAGGUCUGGAUCUAAAAUAAGAAAAUAGCAUUAGAUGAGCUAAGCUCUCAUCACCUAAAUCUGCAAUACACCCAAAUACCUAUUUAUAAUAAAAUAAAUACAUUUUAGAUUGAAACUCAGAUCCAUAUUUUCUGCCAAAAUACUGGGAUGUAAUGUGUACUUUCCAUAAUCCCAGAGAUGUCUUCCAUUUUCUUCUGUAGAAUGAGAGUUUCAGGAAGUAAACCUUAGGAAAGGUGGGGGGAAGUGCUGCUGACAAAUGAAUUUCACUUUUGAUCAAUAAUUUUUAGAACAAUAUCUACGUCCAGUUACAAGACAGCUAUUAUCUGUAAUCUUUAAUUAGCAUAUUCUAGUUGUCCAUGUAAUAUUACCAAUAUACAAGCACUGGGAAUGGGAGUAACAUAUAGCUAAUCAAAGAAAACUGUUGACUUAGGAAUUAGUCAAAAACAAGAAGUUGCAUGUGUAAAGCGAAUAGGGACAUUAGAAAUAUGACUCGGAAGGUGAGUGGAAAUAAAAGACCAGAACAUCUAAGAAAAAAUAUAUAGGAAAUGGAAAUUAUAAAGCAAACAUUUUACAAAUGUGGAAAUGAAAUCAUUUUAUAAUGUAUGCAUAAGUGAGAAUGACGGAAGUAAGUUGAGGAAAUGAUACAUAUCAUAUAAAGUGCAUUAGAGAAGUGAAUGGGAACAUUAAGGAGAAAAAGAAAAAAAAUAUUGAUCUUGAAUUUUGGGAUACAAGGGAUAACAAGUAAUAGGAGAUGUUUGCUUGAUACUGAGGGAUCCCACUAUGGAAGAAAACCAAAUUAGAUGUUUUUAGUCUUCUUGUGCAACUCUCACAAUAGCUUAUACCUAUGUAUGCUCUUGGAGAUCACAGCACAGCUUAGAAGAAGGUUUGUAAACUCAUUUUCUACAUUUUUAUUCAACCUCAUCCCACAUCCUCAAAUUUCUGUCCUUUGACUUAACAGAAGGAAAGAGUAGACACAUGUAAGAUCUGCAUAGGACUUCCAUUCUUUCUGAUGAUCUGGUACAUUCCACUUUCAUGCACCACAGAGAAAGAUAACUGGCCUGUUCAGCAACCUAUGGUAAUGCCUGGCUGAGUAUGUGCUGUUUCAAUGGCAGGACUACAUGUACAUCCCCAUGUACUCAAUGUAAAUCACCCUGUGCUGUCAAUUUAGGAAUCUAAAGUGAAGGGAGCAGAAGGCCUAUAGACUAUACUACCAGGGAACCCCAGAGCUCUUCAAAACAGACAGAACGACAUACAGGUUCUUUUUAUUUCACCAUAUAAAACCAUUAAUCUGAAAUCACUAUGCUGCUAAGGAAGAGGUCUUACUGAAUUCAAUGGAAUUUAAAUAUACAUGGUUUUAUUCAAAUAGGAAGUCAAAAAUUCUGUCCAAUUUCUUCCUGAUGUUUGAAAAAUGGGGAUCUGUGGCCUUAAAAGGUUAUUGGACUGCAACUCUCAUAAUUUCUUACCUUAGAUUUUAUAGCUAGGUUUGAUAGUAGCUGUAGGCUAAAAGCAUUUGAAUGACCACAGUUUUCCAUCUAUGCAUUAGUUCUAGGAGGGUUGCUUGUUAGUUUUUGAAUUAGAAAUAUUCAUACAAUUUCUGGUCAUUUCACAAUUGUAUUUUCAUGAUUUUUAUAUUGCACAGUAAAAUAGGGAAUCUUCUUGUGAUGAAGACUGAGCCCUAAAGCCAUCCUUAAAUUAACAUUAAAACAAAUACAAAAUCACUUUGAUGUUGUAUUGGGUGUGACUGCGUGUAUGCUGCUAAUAAAAUCUUUUUCUUCCUAAAAUUA